CAUUGCCUGAUCAUUGGCUCAGGCAUCCAACGUGACACACCUUGCCAAUGCAGCGGGAAUCAUUCGGUCUUCCCGCGUCAAUCCCGAAAGUCCACCUGGUCGACGUGUGACCAGAUCUCAAGGUCCUGGACUCGGAGACCAGUCCAACGCUGCACGACAGCCGACCCGAGAUGUCUCAAGGGACCACGACCUGCAUCGACCUCGAGACGUCAGCACACGUCGUCCUCAUGACGCUAGGCCAGCCCACCCUGUCGACCAUUCCAUCUUUGGUCACAAUCACGCCUUUGGUGUCGGCCCUGAAGGCACUUGGGCAAGACAUCGGCAAUCACUGGGGGCAGGUCCUUCUAAUCUGGACUACUGGGCUUCAUCGGAGGCAGGUCCAUCUAAUCCGGACGUUUUGGCUCGACGACAAGGAGCCCAGCAAGAUGAAUCCGACUGGCAAUCCUACGACCAAGAGUCCUGGAACGAAGCGGCGUCCUGGAACGAAGCGGAGUCCUGGAACGAAGCCUGUAUGGAUUCAAGUUCAAGCGACAAAUUUCUCAGAUUCGGUCAGUCUCACAGGCGAAAAAAGCCUAAGCACUAAGCACGAUGGGCUCGAUGUCAUUGGUGGACGAAGAUAGGUGAUGCCUCGAUAGGUGAUAUUCACGGACUCGAGCGACAAACAGGAGUUUGACUAUACAUACAUACUAUACAUACGGAC